CAGUGACCCUCACUGUCUUCCCAUCUGUGAUUUUAUUUGGAUUGCAUUUGGUUUAAUGACCCAAACCCUCACCGUCUCUUCCCUCUUCUCCAAACCCUAGUCUCGCAAAUCGGUAGCCUUUUCGUGGAUUUCGAGAUCUCGCUUUGGGGGGAAAAUGCAGGAUUUGUAAAUCACCAAAAUUUCAGGCACUGCUACUCGCUAUGCACUUGGAGUAGCAGACACCAUGAAACUUGAAUCUCUACUGCUAGUUCCACAAAAAGGUGAACCACUGGGAGUCCAAACUUCCCAUACUCAAAAUCUUCCCUUGAAUAUUAUUGGGCAUCAUAGUAAUCCUUUUCUGAAUGAUUUACCGGUACGGGAUAACAUGUCCAUACCUGAAGGGAAAAUUGGUCUUACAUUGCCAGUAGAGGGCAAAAACUUUGAAGAAAGGGUAAGCUCUGAAGGAAUUGAGCCAAUUAACCCAUCUGAAGGUAGCUUUGACGUAGGUCAAAGUGGAUAUGCGGACAAUGAGAAUAGUGAAAAGAAAGCUUUUCAAAUUGAGGAUGAGCAUCUGGAAGCUCCAUACACUGUGCCUGCUGCUGAAGUUGAUAUUGAUUUUUGUACAGACAAAGUAGUUAGCACAUCUGAAAUGGAUGCUUGCAAAGAUGGUACUUGUUACCCUGUGAAGGAUAUAUGUGUUGAUGAAGGCCUCCAUUCACUUGAAAAAAUUCCUACACAAAAUAAGGGGAUGAGCAAGAAUAUCACUUUUGAUUGCAAGCACCCUGCAACUACAAACGAUUAUGUUGUGGCUAUUGAAAUUAGAAACAGCAAGUAUGACCUGAAGUCUUCACCAGCUGCCGGACAUUGUAUUUCUGUUUUUGAUAAGGAUGCCACAGAAGAAUUAUUUUCUGGAAAUUUAUCUGAAGGCAGAGACAGGCCAGAUUCAGUUGACCACACUGAUGUUGUGUUUGCUCCUAAUCAAGUGAAGUUGUCCAGUUUUGAUUGCAUCAACAGCUUGAAGCAGUCUCCUGAUCAAGGAAAGAUCAUUCAGUUGUGGGCUUCUGUUUGGGCAGAAAUGCACAGUGCUAGCUGUCAUACGCAUCUACUUGUGAAAUUUAUGAUGGUGAUUGUUGACAGACAACCUGCAUUGUUGGUUCAGGAUGAGAAGGGGAACAUUUCAGCUGUGGUUGUACCUUCGGCUGACAAGAAGCUCAUACAAAGUAAUGGAUCUAAGGAAACUAUGGCUAAAAAUGAGGUGGCAAGUGGAGUCAUUACUUUUAACUUUGAUUCUGCAGUGGCGCCUGCAAGUGACACAGAGGACAACAAAGCUAGUCACCAGCCUACGCGAGCUUUAUACAGUCAUUUGAUUGAAGAUACUUCUAGUGAUACAGCAACAGCUUCAGGUCGAAGUUUAUUGGUUCAUCAUAAUAGGGAAGAUUCAGGUUUAUCUGGGCCUAAUUUUAUGUCUGAUCCAGUAGUCUCCUCUGGCCAUGUUCAAUUUUCUGGAAGCAUUUCCCAUCGAUCGGAUAGCAGUGCGACUAGUGCACGUUCCUUUGCAUUUCCCAUUUUGCAGCCAGAGUGGAAUAGCAGCCCAGUUAAAAUGGCUAAAGCUGAUCGCCGGCAUUUAAGAAAACAUCGGUGUUGCGGGAUUGGGUUUUCUUGUUGUAGAUUCUGAAGACAAUUUCCGUAUCAUCCAUAUCGACUUCAUUUCAUCAUACAGCAACAUAAAAUUGCAUGCCUUUUGUCAAAACAGCCACAAAAUUUGUUUUAUAUAUUCUAGUUUUGUUCUUCUAAAUGAUAUAGUGGGGGUUCGGAGAUUAGUAGAUUUUAGCUUGUAAGUAGAGAAAUAUGAGUGACAUUUCAAAAAUGUUCUUUGGUUGCAGCAAAAUGGUAGCCCUGAGAUUGUAAGUAAAUGUGCCUGUGUUGACAUGAACCAUGCUCUAUAUA